CCAGGCUGAACCGCCAUGUUGCGCAUGGAGGGGCGGAGCAGCACCUUGUGAUGUCAUUUGCCAACCCCACCGUGGUAUUUAAGCUAGCCAUCGCCAACUGCGCGACAGCCUUGCCUCGCAAAACGGGUGUCCCAUUUACAGCCUGCAAACAACAGCACAGCCCAUAUCGAUUCAGCCAUGUCGAGCUACAGAAACACCCCCCUCUACGGCGGAGCCAUUGCCUGCGACCUGCCAAAACACUUCGCAGACGUAAGCAAGCUGAGACAGGUUCCCGACAACCAGGAAGUAUGGAUCGAUAAGGAUGGGUUUACAAGCAUCAUCUUCGAUAUUUCAGAGCGCGUUGGCGGCCCCGGUUCCAGCCCAGAGAUCGACGGCCGUGCCAUGACCACGCAUCUGGAAGACAUGGUUGGAGCAGACAUCGACACAGUCAAGAUCUGGAACACUGCCGAGACCGAAUUCACAAAAAUGAGCGACUUGAAACUCCCCGCAUAUACCCUCAUCGCGACGCAGACACCCAAGACCCAUUCCAGCAGCUCAAACUCUGCGCCCGACUUCACGGCCAUCACCAUGACGCUACUUCGCCUUGAAGAGCAGAAGACCGACAUCCUCAUCACCAUCAACGUCCCCCACAUUCGAGGUGAAUACGAUGCUGACGAAGUCGAUCUUGAGCUGGGCAAGCAGGGCAAGCUCAUCGGAGACGCUGUGGAGAUUGCAGCGCGCAUUUGGGAAACUUUCGUGAUCAAGGACUGGGGGCUGUUUCACGAAGCUUGAAGCAUUUAAUGAAAAUGAAUAGUAUACCAAAGACAUGCAUGGGCUUGAACGAACAAAGUCGCCAUGCGCAUCUAUCUAUCUAUAUGCUUGUGUUUUUUUUUAAAACGAAUAAGUAAGCGCUGUCAUUUUAGUUUUAGACCUAUCCAUGAACGCUUGGGACUUUUUAUAUACGGAGCAUUCACAGCCAUGUACAAUCGCUAGUAGAUGCAAUGUUCUUAUACUAUCACAUCUGGUACGAUCGCAUUAUCGAAA